UUAAACAAGAUUUGCUAUUUUUUCGAAAACAAGCAAGCCAGAACUAGAGAGAUAUUUCCCCUGUUCGGGUCGGAUCCCAGGAUUUCUCCAUUCCCUCGCUGGCACUGUUAUCCUAAUUGGGCAAGUGUCACCCACAGUACGGUGGCCCGCGUCCCUUUGAGACCCCGAGACCUGCGGAGGGGAUGUGGCCUGCCGUCCUGAGCCUCGGCCGCUGAGACCGCCUCUCUCUGACCGCCCCGCCCACCCAGUUACUCUGCACCGCCCCCCCCCCCCCCCAGGUUACACAACCAAACCCCCCCUUUCCCCCCGGCCGACCCACGAAGAGCAGGAGCCCCGGGACCGAGCUAUGUGAGUGCGUCGGGGCCCGGGGGCCGACCGGACCGAGGACACAGCACCCGCAGGACCCGGCGGCGCACAACCGCUCGCUCGCUCGCUCGCCCGGCUCUUGUUAUGGACCUGGGAGUCGCAGCGUCGUUUCUCCGGAGCUCCACCAUGGUCCCGCUACUGUUUUUAGUUGACGUGGCAACACAAUCAAACAAUUUAUCAAAUGGAAACCACACAACAAACCCAGAAAAACAAGCAUCCCCCUACGUCCUCCCCACCGUGCUGGUGGUGUCUCUGGUGGUCGUCAUCGGCAUGCUCCUGGCCUGGUACUUCCUCAGGUUAAGGAACCAGCGGAAGGUAGUUGUCACUACAGUCGACAAGAAGAUGCCAAAUGGCAUUUUGGAAGAGCAAGACCACAGCAAGGCGCUCGGAGGCAGUUCUGGAGAGUUAAACUCGUCUCCCGUGCAAGAGCAACAGACGGUGGUGCUGCUCCCGAGGUCGCCCUCGGCGUCCAAGACGUACCUGCCCCUCCCCUUGGACUGCCUGGAGGAGGAGGUUCGGGUGCGCUCGGCCGACGACGGGAAGCUCUUCCGCGAAGAGUUCAACUCUUUGCCUGGCGGGUACUUGCAGGGCACAUGCGAGGAGGCCAACAAAGAUGACAACAGAGAAAAGAAUAGAUAUCCCAAUAUUCUUCCAUAUGACCAUUCGAGGGUGGUUUUAACACAGAUUGACGGAGCCUUGUGUUCUGACUAUGUCAACGGCUCAUACAUUGAUGGCUACAAAGAAAAGAACAAAUUCAUUGCAGCACAAGGACCUAAACAGGACACAGUAGCUGACUUCUGGAGAAUGGUAUGGGAGCAAAAGGCUGCAACUAUCGUGAUGCUGACAAAUCUGAAAGAAAGAAAAGAAGACAAGUGUUAUCAGUAUUGGCCAGACCAGGGCUGCUGGACGUAUGGGAGUGUGCGUGUAGCCGUGGAGGACUUCACUGUGCUGGUGGACUACACCAUUAGGAAGUUCUGUGUGCAAUAUGCCAGUGAUGGCUCCAAGACGCCCAGACUGGUCACACAGCUUCACUUCACCAGCUGGCCGGACUUUGGGGUCCCCUUCUCCCCCAUAGGAAUGCUCAAGUUCCUCAAGAAGGUGAAGACGGUCAACCCGUCCUUCGCCGGCCCCAUUGUGGUGCAUUGCAGCGCCGGCGUGGGCAGGACAGGGACCUUCAUCGUCAUCGACGCCAUGAUCGACAUGAUGCACGCCGAGCAGACGGUGGACGUCUUCGGCUUCGUGUCCAGGAUACGGGAGCAGCGCUCGCAGCUGGUUCAGACGGACAUGCAGUACUCGUUCAUCUACCAGGCACUGCUGGAAUACUACCUCUACGGUGACACAGAGCUUGACGUGUCCUCCCUGGAGGGGCACCUACAGAAGCUGCAUAACACCUCGGCGCCAUUCGACAGAGUAGGGCUGGAGGAGGAGUUCAAAAAAUUGACAAACAUGCGGAUAAUGAAAGAGAACAUGAGAACGGGGAACCUUCCUGCCAACAUGAAGAAGAACCGUGUUCUACAGAUUAUUCCGUAUGACUUCAACAGAGUAAUUCUGUCAAUGAAAAGAGGCCAGGAAUUCACAGAUUACAUAAACGCAUCUUUCAUAGACGGUUACAGGCAGAAGGACUACUUCAUUGCCACGCAGGGACCACUGUCCCACACGGUGGAUGACUUCUGGAGGAUGGUGUGGGAGUGGAAGUGUCACUCUAUCGUCAUGUUGACCGAGCUGCAGGAGAGGGAGCAGGACAAGUGUUUCCAGUACUGGCCAACAGAGGACACUGUAACAUACGGCAACUAUACCGUAGAAAUCAAGUCUGACACUCUGUGCGACACUUUCAGCCUGCGGGACCUGGUGCUAACGUACGGCUCGGAAAAGCAGACGCGGCUGGUUCGCCACUUCCACUUCCACGGCUGGCCGGAAAUCGGCAUCCCGACCGACGGCAAGGGGAUGAUCGACAUCAUCGCCGCCGUGCAGAAACAGCAGCAGCAGUCCGGAAACCACCCCAUCAUUGUGCACUGCAGUGCUGGCGCUGGGCGUACAGGUACUUUCAUCGCUCUGAGCAACAUCCUAGAGCGAGUCAAGGCUGAAGGCCUGCUGGAUGUGUUCCAGACCGUCAAGAGUUUACGGAUGCAGAGACCGCACAUGGUGCAGACCGUGGAACAAUACGACUUCUGCUACAGAGUGGUACAAGAUUUUGUUGAUAUAUUCUCUGACUAUGCCAAUUUCAAAUGAAGAAAUUAAAAUCUGCCUUAAUUGUGUAUGUUGUUCAAAAUUCUGUCUAAAAAUGCCUUUUGGUCAGGAUAUAGUUUUUUUCUGAACGGAAAUACAUAAUCUUCAAUUUAGCUAUGCACUUGUCUUUAAUGUAACUAAAAAUGCAUAAUAAUUGUACCAUAUUGUGACAUACUUAUUUUACUCAAUUGAAAUUGUAAAUGUCAAAUUCACUAAAAUGCAAAUGUAAAUUUGACAUGAUGUAAAUUAAUUAUUUUGUCAUGGAAUUUAACAGUAUUAUUUGUUUUUUUUUUUUGUUAGUUUAAAAAAAAAAAGUUUGCAUCAUCACAGUAGCAUUUCUUGUACAGUACAUUAUUAUAAUGUACUUUUAUUUUGUAUUUCUUUUUAAUUUGUUAAACCCGGUUGAGUUAUAUUUAAAAUUACAAUCCAUGUGAUAUUUAUAAUGUUGUAGUUAUUGUAAAAAUUAUUUAUGUACUAUUGUAGAUGCCCUCUCCCCAUCCCAACAUGUCAUGUGCAAAUGUUAAGUUCUAUUUGUGUACAGUUUGGUUCACAUUUUUUGGAAAUUUCUAUUUCUGAUGUGAAAAGGAUUAUGUCUUGUCUUUUUUCCUUACCCUGAGUCUCUCUUGUUGCAUACUCAGAGGGCAUCUAUGACAGGUAUAAAUUUACAGAAAUACAGACCUUAAAUACAAUACAUACAGACAAUUAUAUUUCCAUUAGACAAAUCAGAAGGAGAAUUAUAUUUAAAAAUUAGAUUAUAUAAUAACAAAAACAAAUAAAUACAAACAAACAGAAAAAAAGUUAAACAAGAGGAAUAGAGACCAUGGGCUUGGCAGUUAAUCUGUGCACACUGGUACUUCUGCUCAACAAACUAUCACAACUUCAGAAUUUAAGAAUAAUAGAAUUAUAUUUAUAGUUUUGUCUGAAGGACUGUGGGGAAUGUUCGAUGAAGAGGCUGCACAUAAUCUGAAGCACACUACCCGAUGCACACUGUCAGGUGUAGAUGGAUCUGUUCUUCAUAGGGAGCUAGAGGUUAUUAUUGAAACAAUGUGUUAAUAUGUACAUAUUUUAUUAUAAUGCAAGAGCGGCAGAACCACCGCAGAUAUAUUUUUGAACAGUUUCAUUGUUGUACUUAUUUUGACAUUUGUGUGAUUUGUGCUUGAUGGUGUGCCAUAUAUUGAUUAGAAAACCAUGGAUAUUUCUGAUCAGGAAAUAAUAGUCACCAGGUGACUUCAGCAAAUGGACAUACGUCUGGCAGAUAUUUGGUCAAAAUAAUUAUAUAGCCUAAUCUACAUAUAGUCUACAUUUUGAUCAAACCAAAAAGUGGUAACAAAAAAGAGAAAAGCACAAGAAUAUGUGAGAAAAAUAUGUCAAUACAACACAAGAUGAAUAAACGUUGCUUUGUUCAGAAACUUUAUGCAUAUCACCUACUGUAUUGGCACACCUUUUAUAACACCACUGUCACAGACCAUUCAGUAUUCUAUUUUAAUAAAUGCCUGUCAUUAAAAUAAUGGUCAUUAUACAUACCAUCAUUAUCAUUCCAUUCCUUGUUUUAUUGCCAAUUUUGGCUCUGCCUCUGAGCAGACAUAAAGAGGGUUGACUGUACAGUUAUUAGAGGUGCUUACCACAGCUCUUUUUAUAUAAUGAAAGGUCUUUGUAAUGGUGUUUCUGACCAAACGUACCUUGCGGAAUGAAACAUCCUCAGUACUGCGUGACGGCUGACCUUGAACCAAGAUAAAAAAAAAACUGCCAUUAUUUUCUCUUGAGAUUUUGAGUUGUUGUACCGAGUCUGUCGCUGGAGCUUGUUGUCCGCUACAUCACUUGCUUCAGGUGUCUCUCAUCAUGGAGUGCUUUUGAGGUUUGCAAUGUCUUUGUAAAUGCAGUUUGUACUACUGUAUUAAAUGCAUUGAAUCUCA